AUGGUGUUGGAGGAUGAGCCCCCCAGGUCUGAAGACACCCCUACAGCUACUGGGGAAGAAGCUCCUCUCCUCGGGGCAGCUGAUAGUAAUGAUGGUGAUGGGUCAAACCUGAAUAGGAGCUCCUCGCUUGAUGUCAUCAGAAAUGCCAAGAGAAGAGUGCGCUUUACCAAUAAACACAGUAUCGCUACAUGGAAUGUACGAAGCAUGUCAAGUGGGAAGAUGGAAAUUGUAUUAUCAGAAAUGGAAAGAACAACUAUAACAACUAUGGGAAUCAGUGAAUUAAAAUGGAUAGGAAAAGGCCAUUUUCGCACAGGAAAACACAUGGUGUAUUACUCAGGACAUGAAUCUCUAAGAAAGAAUGGAGGACAACCUAUUAAGCUGACUAUCAUACAGAUCUAUGCACCAACUACUGAUGCAGAUGAGGAGGAUAUUGAAGACUUCUAUCAUACCCUUGAAGAAGUUCUAGACAACACACCAAAGAUAUAA